GGCAUGAUUGGGUUUAAGAGCGCGGUGAGCUUGGGUCUCGCUGCUGCUGUUGGGGUGUUGGUGGGCGGAGGGAGCGCGGAGAUUAUAUAUGCGGGGGUGAACUCUGCGGGCGGCGAAUUCGCGCAGCAAAACCUCCCCGGCGCCUUCGGCAUCGACUUUCAGUUCAUUAACGAGACGGCAAUCGACUUCUUCCUUGCCUCGGGCGUAAACACAAUCCGUAUACCGUUCCUUCUGGAGCGCAUGUGCCCUCUCGAGACUGGCUUAGGAGCAACGUUUAACGAGACGUACUUCGAGUUUCUGCAAGACGCGGUGACUUACAUCACCAUGAAAGGCGGAUACGCGAUUCUAGAUGCUCAUAACUAUAUGCGCUACAACGACCCGUCGAUGCAACCCCAAUCCGGCUCCAUCAUCGGGAACUCGUCCGACCCUAAAGCCGCCAGCACCGAAGACCUUGCAGCCUUCUGGGGCGAACUCUCCAAGCGCUUCAUGACCAACCCCAACGUGAUAUUUGGCAUCAUGAAUGAGCCGCAUGAUAUGCCGACGAGUUUGGUUCUGCAGAACGAUCAGGCGAUGAUCGAUGCAAUUAGGCAGGCCGGAGCACAGCAGAUGAUUCUCGUGCCGGGAAAUGGGUUUACGGGCGCACAGAGAUGGCUUAAUGUGACUUGUAGUCAGAAUUGCACACCAAAUGCAGAAGUCCUCACCGCCAUAACCGACCCCAUGAACAACUUCGCGUUCGAUAUGCAUCUCUAUUUCGACAACGACACCUCCGGCACACACGAAGAAUGUACCCUCGCCGCCCCCAGCAACCUCGCCCCCGUAACCGCCUGGCUGCGCGAAAACAACUACACAGCCAUGCUUACCGAGUUCGGCGCCGGCGUAAACCCAACCUGUUUCGAAACCCUCAACAACACUCUGACCUUCAUGGAGCAGAACCCGCAGUUCAUCGGGUGGACGUACUGGGCGGCAGGGCCCCUGUGGGGAGACUAUUUCUUGAGCGUGGAACCGGAUGAGGGCCCGCAGGCGAAUUCGACGUGGCCGGAGGUGCUGGAGCCGCAUAUAACGGCGUACCAGCCGAUGCAGCGGUGUGGCGUGAGUAGUAGUAGACAGGGCGGGCUGGUGGAUGAUGUGGCUAAGGUGCUGGAGGGAUGUUUGGGACUUAGACUACCGGGCUGAUGAGAGGGUUUUUGGGGGGAAGGGGGUGCGGAAGUUGGAUUCCGGACAAUGGAGCUUCGGUGUAUAAUCCC